UGCGUGGCUGCCUGAGGCAUGAUGUUGACCUUAUUGGCUGAGUCACGGACGGGGAGGUGCGGUGAAGACACUGAAACACUAAACAAACAGCCCGUGCUGGGAGAGAAACAGGAGCAAGACCGAGGCUCGAGCCGAACCUGCUGCCACUCAACACCGAGGCCAAAACUCUUCAGCCAGAAUGUCUGCCGCCAAGCGUGCCAAGGGGAAGACGACGAAGAAGCGCCCACAGAGGGCGACUUCCAACGUCUUCGCCAUGUUCGACCAGUCCCAGAUCCAAGAGUUCAAAGAAGCGUUCAACAUGAUCGACCAGAACCGUGACGGGUUCAUUGAUAAGGAGGAUCUUCACGACAUGCUUGCUUCUCUUGGAAAGAACCCUUCGGAUGAGUACCUGGAGGGCAUGAUGAGUGAAGCUCCAGGUCCCAUCAACUUCACCAUGUUUCUCACCAUGUUUGGAGAGCGGCUCAAUGGCACUGAUCCCGAGGAUGUCAUACGGAACGCCUUCACCUGCUUUGACGAGGAUGGCUCAGGCUUCAUCCAUGAGGACCAUCUCCGUGAGCUCCUGACCACCAUGGGCGAUCGCUUCACAGACGAGGAGGUCGAUGAGCUCUUCCGCGAGGCGCCGAUCGACAAAAAAGGAAACUUCAAUUACACAGAGUUCACCCGCAUCCUCAAACACGGUGCCAAAGAAAAGGAUGACAUGUAAUAAAUAAAAACAACAGAAUAUAAAGAAUUAUUGAGCGUUCAUCUGAAAUCAGGACUCGGUUCUCAAUGCUGAUUAUAUGUCCAUGACAUGUUCUCUGAGGGUUCUUUUGCACAUAGAGAUUAAGCCUGGACUGGAAUAGUGAGACAUUUACAUGAAAGAAUCUUACUCACAACAUCUGAGUAGUCAGGCUUAAUAUCUGUCUGCAAAACUGUCCCUUGACCAUCUUCAUGAGGGCUUCAUUCUGUCGCUUAUAAUCCCUUUAUACCGGGAUUAUUACUGUAUGUGCCUAAAGAUGAAACAAAGAUCGGCCAAUUUUGGUCAUGAACCCAGUCUCACUCUUUGUUGAACAGAAUAAGAAGGAUUAAAAUGAUAAUUUUUUUUCACAA